UUCUCGGUGACGGGAAGCUCCCAGCGAAGCUCACCGAGCAUGGCACCCGGGGAGCUUGGAUCACACACCUCGCUCACACCGCGACCCAAAAACCGCCCUUCCUUCCAUCGACGAUGCUUGGCAUUUUUAAAAAACCACAAAAGCAGUCCAAAAACACCACGAUCGAAGAAGUUAUGGACAUCACCAUGGGCGCCCGGAAGCAGCCAAGCCAAAACCUCAUCUCAUCAUCAAGACGCUAUCAAGGGGCGUUCUUGGCCCGUGCACAGUGACGUCCACGUCCUCCUCACGUUCCUGGUGCCAAGCGCACACGCCAAGCAUUUCUGUCCCUGCGCAAGCACAGCAAGGAACAAGUCUAGCUGAGCUGUCGCGUGUCUCAAUCGAACUUGCUGCCGCUCUUCUUAAAAUCGCGCUUGCUCCCCUUCUCUUGGUCCCUCAGGUUGCUAAUCGUUCAGUGACUUGGAAAGACUAGCAGAAAUCAUGUCAGACAACACGGCAGAAAGCAUCCUCGUCCCCUUCUUGGGGGCUUUUCAAGCUUCCUUAUCGGUGCUCCUCACCAUCUCCGCUGGUGUCAUUGCCGCCCAGUAUGGCCUUCUUGACGACCGCAGCAGCAAGAAAAUUUCAACUUUUUGCGUCCGGAUGGCUCUUCCUGCUCUUCUGAUUACGAAUGUUGGUUCACAGCUUGACCUCGAGACUGGAAUUCGAUACGUUCCCAUCAUCAUCUGGGCCAUCUUUUACACUACCGUGUCAAUUGGUAUCGGCUUCGUCCUGACAAAGGUCUUUGGCAUGCCCGACUGGGUCAUCCCGGCCAUCGCCUUCAAUAACACCACCAGUCUGCCCCUCUUGCUCGUGCAGUCCCUAGACGCCACCGGUAUCCUUAGCUCCAUCGAUGACAGCUCUGGCGUCGUCACCAAGGCCAAAAGCUACUUUUUGGUCAACGCCAUGAUUGGCAACUCCCUCACAUUUGCUCUUGGCCCCAAACUCCUCAACGGCCAAGAAGAGGAAGCUCCUGACAAGGUCGAGGGAGACCAAAACAACGACGAUGACAAUGAAAGCGACGGUGAAGAAGACCUCGAGUCCCAAGAGCAGGACGCCAUCGAGCACAACGAGCAGACCUCUCUGCUUCCAGACCGCACCGUCACCAGAAUCACCCGCACAAAGUACCGCGUCUACGGCAAGGGCAGCAAAUACUGGUCCAACCUGUCCCCGACAUCCCGCUCCAUCCUCGAGUUCCUGUACAGCUUUGUCAACGCCCCCGUCAUCGGCGCGCUCAUCGGAGCCCUUCUCGGUCUCGUUCCCGCCCUCCACCGCCUCUUCUUCAACGAGCCCGAGGAGGGCGGCUACUUCAAUGCCUGGCUCACCUCCUCGGUCAAGAACGUCGGCGAGCUCUUUGCCGUGCUCCAAGUCAUCGUCGUGGGCGUGAAGCUGUCCAAGGCGAUCUUGCAGUACAAGAACGGGGAGGAUUCGAAGGAGAGCAAGGUGCCUGUGGUGCCGUUCCUGGCGGUCACGUUUGUUAGGUUCAUUUUGUGGCCCGUCAUCUCGAUUGGUGUGAUUUAUCUUUUGGCUAGCAGGACGGAGCUGUUGACCAAGGAUGCGCUUCUGUGGUUCUGCUUGAUGCUUAUGCCGACUGGACCUCCGGCUAUGAAGUUGUCUGCGCUGGCGGACGUUGAUGGAUCUGAGGAUGCUCUGAAAAUGUUGAUUGCGAAGUUUUUGACGGUAAGUCAACGCCCUCUGAACUCGAACCCUCCGAUGCGUGGGAUAUUUGCUGACAACAUUCCAGAUGUCUUAUAUCAUAUCACCUCUGAUCUGCUUUACGGUGGUUGGUGCUCUGAAAGCAAGCGAGGCCAUUGUUGCCAAGUAGACACUUGUCUUUGAUUUUCUUAAAUCGGUUGGAAUAGCUCCGUGGGUGGUUUUUAUAGUCGCAAGUCAUGAAAGUGAUGUUGGAGCCGGUAAAUUUAAGCAAGAUAGCCAUCCACAAACUGAUUGGAUCUCUUGAUAAUUGGCCAGCUUGACUUACACAAAGUCUUACUCCACCCGCACCUAUCGACUAAUUGAUCAAUUUCAUUUUCUUCACAACUUCUUUCGACUCUGCAUAUUCACUACUUCAGUCCUUGAUGAUUAUGCUGAAUGGCGCUUUGUUUAUCAAGACUUCAGCAAUGCCACAUAUUCCAUUUCUCUUACUCAGAUUUAUCUUCUUCACCUACCACUUUGCCUCACGCACCUUGUAUCGGGCUUCAUAGUCCCUCGCAAGAGGCAUAUGGCAAUCUAUCUUCCAGAUAAUGGAAGGGGCUUGGAGACUUUGAGGUAGAGCUCAGGCUUAGGCCUAGUGAUGUUGUACUCUUCCAGAAGAUAACAAUAGGGC